ACUGGACAUGAGUGGGUACAAGGAUGUGUUGCUGAGACGGGCCCUGAAGCCACUCAUGAUCAAGUUUGGAAUUAAUUAUUUUCCCUCGCUGUACCUCCUUGAUUCAAAUGGGAUGUAUCAACAGCUGGCUGAGAAGGGUACACGAAGGGAGCAGUUUAAGGAUGCAUUGCUCAUUAUUCGGGGAGGACAGGACCCAGAGGAGGAAGUCGACAAGGGAGGAUCAGAUCAUGUGGUGGAAGAGCUGCUGGAUAAAGAUGACGGAGAACAAUUACAAGUAACCACCAGACUUGGUGUGUACAUGCAGGACCUGGAGUCGACCGUGACAUAUCUUCUCAGACAGGAAGUGGCCAUACAUCGUAACAUGAACGAAGACAGUGUGACAGCACUUAAAACGUUUCUGCUUGUUUUGGCAAAGGUAAAAAUUGGCAUUGUUUCAUAG